AACCGUCACGGCCAUGGACCCUCACCUCCCAUGCUGGCGCCGGACCAUUCCAUGCAUGUGAAGGUACCCCUUACCUCUCUAUAACGUUUGCCUCCCGGGGGGCUUCUUCUAACAAUGGUUUCCCAAGCCCAGCCUACGUUCACUACAGCCCUCCUCUCGGGUGCUUUGGCUGGGACCACCGUCGACCUCUCUCUCUACCCUCUCGACACCCUUAAGACGCGACUCCAGUCCUCCGCCGGCUUUCUUGCCUCGGGAGGCUUCACCGGCAUCUAUCGUGGUGUCGGCAGCGCAAUUGUCGGCUCUGCGCCGGGCGCGGCACUUUUCUUCUGCACCUACGAGUACUCAAAGAGCUUAUUAUUCGCGAGACGGAAAGCCAAGGAGGUCACGGAUGGCCAGGUCGGUGAUUGGACGGCGCCAAUCGAACAUAUGAUAGCUGCCAGUCUUGGGGAGGUCGCUGCGUGUGCUGUCAGAGUCCCAACAGAGGUCGUGAAGCAGCGGGCUCAGGCUGGCCAGCGUCCUUCGUCUCUGGCCUCGUUAGCAGCCAUUCUCUCACAGCAUCGCACCAUUGGCAUCCGGGGGGUUUGGAUGGAGUUAUAUCGCGGAUGGUCCGUUACCAUCAUGAGGGAGGUGCCGUUCACGGUUAUACAGUUCCCGCUGUGGGAGUCGAUGAAGGAGUACCGAAGGAGAAAGUCUGGGAAGGACGGGAUCACGGCUUUUGAGAGCGCGUUAUCGGGGAGUGCUGCUGGUGCUAUUGCUGCGGGCAUCACAACGCCUUUGGAUGUUCUCAAGACGAGAAUGAUGCUGGCUAAGGAGAAGACGGCCAUGGUACCUUUAUUGAAACAAAUUUUGAAGGAUAGCGGCCCCAGGGCCUUUUUCGCAGGGAUCGGGCCCCGAGUGCUUUGGAUCAGUGCAGGUGGUGCUAUAUUCUUGGGCUCUUAUCAAUGGGCAUAUAAUUCGCUCUCGAGGGAGGGGUAGAUCACCCAUAAUGUUGGGCGCGAUAUUGAAGAAGAAAUCAUCACGUAUAACGGCAGACAAAUAGACGAGAUGGCCGUGGGGGGCCUUAUUCAGGGUUACAAUUAGAGACCCUUUAGAUAAAAUACACUUCAAUCCAUGAAAGAACUCUCUGCAUAGU